AUGCAUCUAAGUAGUGUGUUACUCUUCACCCACAACCACAAUCCAGAUGCCAAAGACCUCAAAGAGCUCGCCCAGAAAACCGGCCUCACCAAACGUGUGCUCCAGGUUUGGUUCCAAAAUGCCCGUGCAAAACUCAGGAGAAACUGUCUAUAUCAGGAGAGCGUGGGAGUGGACAAUGUUUCUGACAAUUCCACAAUCACAUCCCCAUCAGUGCCUUCACCCCAACUGUCCCACAGAUCUCUGAGCCCAUCCAGCCCCACCGGCACCUCUCCAUCACAACACGCACAACACAGUCACAACACAAACUCCCCAAUGCCUGAGUUCCUCUACCACUCUUAA